CUCAACCCUUGUUCCGCGCCGGGACCCCGCAGCAGCGGCCGCGGCCGAGGCAGCUGCAGAGGCGGAGCGGUCGCCUGGCGCGCGGGGGGACGCCGGCUGCACUCCAGGGCAGGCGCUCUGCAGUGAGACAGUAAAUGCAUCCCCCGGAAAUCAAGGACCCGUCAGAAAAUAAGGAAAUACCACGGCCGGGCCCAGGCGGCUCUCAGGAAAGCCUCUCCUCAAACAGAUCCUCUCGGGCGCGUUCCUUCCUCCCCUUCCCGGGCGCAGAUGUCGGCUCCACCGGAAGGGGCCGAAGUGACCGGGGCGGCGGCCAGGGAGACUCUCUGUAUCCAGUCGGUUACUUGGACAAGCAAGUGCCUGAUACCAGCGUGCAAGAGACAGACCGGAUCCUGGUGGAGAAGCGCUGCUGGGACAUCGCCUUGGGUCCCCUCAAACAGAUUCCCAUGAACCUCUUCAUCAUGUACAUGGCUGGCAAUACUAUCUCCAUCUUCCCCACUAUGAUGGUGUGUAUGAUGGCUUGGCGACCCAUUCAGGCCCUUAUGGCCAUUUCAGCCACCUUCAAGAUGCUAGAAAGUUCAAGCCAGAAGUUUCUUCAGGGUUUGGUGUAUCUCAUUGGGAACCUCAUGGGUCUGGCAUUGGCUGUUUACAAGUGCCAGUCAAUGGGACUGUUGCCUACACAUGCGUCAGAUUGGUUAGCCUUCAUUGAGCCUCCUGAGAGGAUGGAGUUCAGUGGUGGAGGACUGCUUUUGUGAACCUGAGAAAGUGGCACAUGGUGCCUACAUACUUGGAUCUCACAUACAACUUUCUGUAAUGCCUACGAGCUCCUCCUCAGCACACUAACCCUUUAUAUUAAUACUCAUGCAAAAAGAACCAAAAGCUCUUUUUCCCAUGGUGAGGAAGAGACAAAAUCUUAGAAAGACAGCAUAUGAAUCACAAAAGAAACUGUGCCACAACCCUUGACUGAAAAUAAUGUAGAAAACUUUAUUUAUGUUUCCAGUACAGAGCAAAACAACAAAUAAAACCCUAACUCUAUGUAAACAAAAGAAUGGUUGCUGCUAAAUCAAGAACCACAGCAGCAUCUUUCAAUAUAAAUUAAAUGGCUGAGAACAAUGUGUAAAAAAAAAAAAAAAAAAAAGAGUUGCACAGUUUCCUUUAAAUCUAUACCUUCCCUAAUAUUUCACUUUUAUUUAACACAAGCAGGGACAUAAAAAUUCUAUUGGAGAUACUUGUGAAGAUGUGAGAAAUUAAUGCUGGAUUCAGAUUAUACAUUAUGAAAAAAAUAAACCAGAUAAAAAGAGCAUAUAAA